AUGAGCUUGAGAAAGAGUUCAAUGGCACAACAGGAUCCAACUACAAUGGCAAGGUAUUGCCCCGGGCCUUUGGAUCUUAUCCUGGAUUGUAAUGGCAUGGAAAUGCCAACUUAUGGUCCAAAGGAAUCUGGCCUGGAAAAUGCCAACCUUCUCUGGGCCAAGAUUGGGCUGUCGAGUCCUGGUGACUGCAGACUUGUUCUCCACCAACAGGCUUCGUGCUUCCAUGAUAAUUGUCUGAUUACCAAAAAGUGA